AUGGCAGAAAUAUCACGCAUUGGCGCUGCCGUUGACAAUACAGAUGUUUCCGAUCAUGAAGCAUAUCAGUCUCUUUUGGACAACGCCUUGGACGUCGAAAUGGGCGCUCGGGACCUUGAUAUCAAGAUCAAUCAUGGCAUCCCCGGGGAGCCCCCAUUAUACGCUCGUGAUGAAUUGAAUACGAGAAUAUCCCCAGCAGAUGACCUGUUUGGUCCUGCCUAUCGCUUCUCCUCUCUUGAAGAUGCCACUCUUCGCAUUCUUUUCUGGCUUUUGUUAUCGUUUACUCAUCCUCUUAUCUGCUAUUGCCAGAGUGUUGUUGGAGCACAGACGCCUGGUCGGACCCCAAUAACAAAACGCUCUCUCGAAGAGAAGGCAAACAAACUUGCUGCAUUUUACGUCGGCAAGACCAUUCGCUGUCUUCCAUACCUUGGUCAAGUUAAGAUGAGUCCAUCAGGUCUCCACUAUGGGCUGCUCGUUGCCAUCCAGGCCUCGCGGGUGUACUCCCACUCCAGGGACCGUGUGCGCUUCCUCUGGGUGCGGGAUCUUUUUUCAACUCUACAGCUUGCAGGGUUUGAUUAUGUGGAACGAUUUCGUGACAUUUCUGGCGCCUAUUGGGCUGAAACCCACAGACAUAAUGUUUUCCGGCUCGUAAGUCACAGGGAAACAGUCAAAAAGAGUAAAGAACCUGUCCAAGGUCACCGUUGA